AUGUCUGGUUACAAAAGUGGUGUGAUUGAUCCUACAUUAUUUAGAAUGGAAAAUGGAAAUCACUUGAUGCUCGUCCAAAUAUAUGUGGAUGAUAUCAUUUUUGGGUCAAUAUAUCAGGGUAUGGUGAAUGAAUUUGCAAAACUCAUGACAAAAAAAUUCAAAAUGAGCAUGAAUAGAGAGAUAAACUUCUUUUUAGGUCUUCAAGUGAAACAAGUCCCUCAAGGGAUAUUCAUUCAUCAAGUGAAGUACACCUCUGAGCUGCUGAAGAAAUACUCAAUGGACAAUUGUUUCGCAGCCAAGGUCCCUAUGGCCUUCGGAUACAAGAUUUCAGCUGAUCCUUCAGGAGAAUCAGUUGACCACAAAACUUAUCGUGGAAUGUUUGGGUCAUUGAUGUACCUCACCCACAACAUACUGAAUAUUGUCUUUGCAACAGGCUUAUGUUCUAGGUACCAAGCUGAUCCUAAAGUAUCAGAUUUGACCGCAGUGAAGCAAAUUCUCAGAUACUUAAAGGCAAGUAAAGCGUUACGCCUUUGGUAUCCUGCAGGAAAUGAUUUCAGCCUUCAAGCCUUCACAGAUGCAAAUCAUUUCGGAUGCAGAUUAGAUAGGAAAAGCACUUCCGAUGGUUGUCAAUUUCUAGGAGGAAGCCUAGUCAGUUGGUCUUCAAGGAAGCAAAAUUGUGUCUCUUUUUCUACCGCAUAA